AUGAUUAAUUAUCAAGUUUAUUUCCCUCAGGAUAUGCUUCGAAAGGCUCACACGCUACCAGAACUGUAUCUAUUGGGGUUCUGGAUAGAUAACCAAGUGGCUAUAGUGGUUACUGUGAUCAGUAGCCCUGGUAUACUUCAAUUUUGGGAUCAAUUACCUUCUAAACUUAAAGCAUUAACGGUGGUAGGUACCAUUCAUUCUCAGCCCUACAAAAUCAAAUCUUCAUCUUCUAAUCAAUUAAAUGAACUACAGAGAUACUUGCAUGGUGGUAAAGGUCUUCAUCGUUCUUUGAGUUUUUAUUUUGGCUUAAGUCUUCGGUUUCCGGUACUUGAAGAUACUCAUAACUCAUGCUCCUUUAUCCUUUUCAAUCCACCUAAUGCUAGAAACUUGGAAUACUUUUCCAUAAAUCCUAUAUUGCUUCAACAUACCAAUAGAGAACCUCGGAUGUAUCAUAGAAGUCUUAAUGGUAAACUACAAAGUUAUGAUAUGGAUAACUCCAUUAGUUUUAUCACAGCAUCUACUUCUUAUUCUUGUUCAAUCUCUGAUGAGGCAGUGUUGGACCAAUUGAAUGGAGUACGUUUUAGUCGUAAUCAUUAUAGAGAAUGGCUCAAGGAUUUGAAUCUUAUAAAUCCUCAACAGUCGACUUCAAAACAUUAUGUUGCCAGAUUACGAUUGUUGAUUACCCAGACCUUGAUAAAGUUAGUACUCGUGACUCAAAUGGCUUGCAUAAUGGGGAUAGAUCUCAUUAAUUUUGAUAUCAAUGGUUUUAAACCUGUGAAUUAUUCUCUGGUGUUGAAGCAAUUGGAUCUUCGUUUGAAACAGUUGAAUUAUUUCCCUAUUCAAUUCAUGUCUUAUUAUGAUAAUCGGCAUUCCCAGAAGCUCUUUGAACAGCUUAAUAUCCCCAAAUUCAACACCAAUUUGAAUGUCAAUAAUUCCAAUUACAUUAAUCUAUACAAUUCUCUUUGGUUAAUUGCUAAUGACAUAAUAUUUGGUCUUACAUGCUAUCGAUUAACUGUUGUUCAUCUUGCAAAAAUUGCAGACUUCAUCUGUAACACUAUUAUUCAUGAUGUCUUAUAUGUUAGAUUAUACUCGUUGGCUUUUUGGGUGUCUUAUAAUCAUCCUGCUGGGUUCAAACUUAAUAAUGAAUUGGGCAACUUUAUGGGGGACUUGUAUCUUUGGACUAUCACAUUCUGGAACUUCAUUCUCAAACAUAUCUUUCAGUGGGUAGCAUGGCGGCCAGUAUCUAUUAUCUUACUCGGAGUAUUAAGAAUGCUUUGUAUAUUGGGAAUGUCAUUUCUUAUUUGUGCAGUAAUGGAUACCGUUAAAUUCACUACAUUCCAUAUCUAUUGCUUUUAUUACUGUUCAGCUAAGAUUUACAGCAAACAAAUUGCAGUUAUCCAAUCAUUAUUCCAGCUUUUCAGAGGGAAGAAAUACAAUGUUUUACGGAAAAGAAUUGACCAUAUUGAUAUGCAUGGCGAUAGGUUUGAAAUUGACCGUCUUUUAUUGGGAACAUUACUUUUCAUGAUGGCCAUCUUUCUUUUACCCACUGUAUUUGCAUUCUAUUUGAUGUUUUUCGUCUUACAUGUUGUCUUACAAUCAAUAGUAUUUCUCAUGGAAUGGACUGUGAUAUUUGCUGACUUCUUCCCAUUAUUUGUUCUACUACUCAAAUGGAAGAACUCCAGUCGUUUGCAAGGUGGAAUAACUUUUAAAUUCAUCGAUACAGUUCGUCGAACCACCUAUUUAUCAGUUGCCAAUCAAUCGUUGUCGUAUCAAGAGAUCUUCCAACGUUUUGGCGAGUUGGUCCGCUACUCCAAGCACUUGAACGCUCCCUUGUUGGGCAGCUUUGUUUCUGGUUCCCCUGUGGCUUACAUACUGGACGAAGACAUUAGGUUUAACUACCUUAUGCUUCCAAAGAGUUACCAUAGAACAGUUGAAGCUUGUCAGUCCAUAGUAAACUAG